AUGCCGUCUCCCUUUGGCGAUGCCCCAGUAGCGAAGUCGCUGCUCGAUUUCCAGCGCAUCCUCUCCCCAUCCGCAGGUGUGCGUGUGUCACCACUGUGUCUUGGAGCCAUGAACUUCGGCGACGCCUGGAGUGACAUUAUGGGCAAGUGCGAUAAGAAGACCGUCUUCGAGAUUUUGGACUACUUCUACGAACAGGGCGGUAACUUUAUUGACACUGCCAACAACUAUCAGAACGAGGAGUCCGAGACAUGGAUUGGCGAGUGGAUGCAAGAGCGCGGUCGUCGUGCUGAGAUUGUUUUGGCCACAAAGUUCACCACUCUUUACCCCGACCCAAAGACCAAGCCUCGUCAAUUAGCAAAUUUCGCCGGAAACUCGACAAAGUCGCUCCACCUUUCGCUUGAGGCUUCCCUUAAAAAGCUCCAGACCGACUACAUUGACCUACUCUACGUUCACUGGUGGGACUUCAGUACAAGCAUCCCUGAGCUGAUGCAAUCACUCAACCAUAUGGUACAGAGGGGCAAGGUUCUGUACCUUGGUGUGAGUGACACACCUGCAUGGGUAGUGAGCAAGGCAAACCAAUACGCCCGCGAUCACGGCCUACGUCCCUUCAGCGUUUAUCAAGGCCGUUGGUCCGCCGCCGAGCGCGACUUCGAGCGCGAGAUCAUCCCUAUGGCGCGCGAUGAGGGCAUGGCGCUCUGCCCCUGGGGUGCCCUUGGUGGCGGAAACUUCACUACAAAGGAGAAGCGCGAGAACAACGAGCAGGGUCGCAACUUUGGUCCUGCAACAGACAAACACAUCAAGGUCUCAGAGAGGCUCGAGGCCGUCGCUAAGAGCAAGGGCACCGCCAUCACAUCCAUUGCGCUGGCAUACGUGAGAAGCAAGUACCCAUUCGUUUACCCAAUUAUCGGUGGACGUAAGGUUGAGCAUUUGAAGGGCAACAUUGAGGCGUUGGGUAUUGAGUUGAGUGCACAGGAAAUCGAAGAGAUUGAUUCGGCGGUCGAUUUCGAUGUUGGUUUCCCAAUGAACUUCUUGUUCGAAUUGGGCGGAGCCAAAUACAACGUCAACAAAACGAGUGCUGAUGUAGGCCUUCUGGCCUUUGCGGGCAACCUGGAGGUCCCUCCACACCAGCAGCCGGUCAAGCCUCACGGACUCCAGGGGUACGGGAGGAAUCAAUAG